AUGAAUGCCGCACGUGGCGAGGUGCUCAUGCCUGUCGUGGGACUGGGUACGGGAACAUAUGGUCAACCGAAUGGUACGGGGGGUGAGUAUUGGGGGCCUGAACAAGGUCAUAACGCCACUAUUGCGUGGUUGAAGUUAGGUGGUCGACGCAUCGACACCGCUGACGACUACGCCUCACGCGACGGAAUCGGCACGGGAUGGGUGGCCAGCGGCGUGCCCCGCUCCGAAAUAUUCAUCACGUCCAAGGUGGAUCCAUCUGGCUACGGCGAAGCACUCGAAGAGUUUGCCGGCAUCCUCAAGUCCCUGCAGACCGAAUAUAUCGAUCUUCUGCUUAUUCACUGGCCGGGCGCUCAGCCAGGCGACUUCGAUAAGCCAAUUCCCCCUUGCAAGCAAGGAAAAUCGACUUGGACUGACUGUCGUGUGCAAACAUGGCGAGCAUUAGAAAAAGUAUUUGAUCAACAAAGCGUAAGAAUCUUCUGA